CUCACUAGCCCCCGUGUCGUUUCUCUGCAGCAAGACCAGGGUGAAAAGGAGAACCCCAUGCGAGAGCUGCGUAUCCGCAAGCUCUGCCUCAACAUCUGCGUUGGGGAGAGCGGGGACAGGCUCACCCGAGCGGCCAAAGUGCUGGAGCAGCUGACGGGCCAGACCCCCGUCUUCUCCAAAGCACGAUACACUGUAAGAUCCUUUGGAAUCAGGAGAAAUGAGAAGAUUGCUGUUCAUUGCACGGUUCGUGGGGCCAAAGCAGAGGAGAUUCUGGAGAAGGGGUUGAAGGUGCGAGAAUACGAGUUGAGAAAAAACAACUUCUCAGACACUGGGAACUUCGGCUUUGGAAUCCAGGAGCACAUUGAUCUGGGAAUUAAAUAUGAUCCCAGUAUUGGUAUCUACGGCUUGGACUUUUACGUGGUGCUGGGCAGGCCUGGUUUCAGCAUUGCUGACAAGAAACGCAGGACUGGCAACAUUGGAGCCAAGCACAGAAUUGGAAAGGAAGAAGCCAUGCGCUGGUUUCAGCAAAAGUAUGAUGGCAUCAUCCUUCCUGGUAAAUAAGCAGUUCCUGUUACCAAAAAAACAAAUAAAAUUUUCUAACCCCUAA